UUUUCUUGUAAAAUCGAAAGUUUUUAAACAAACCAAUCAUGAAGCCAGAACUAAAAUCCGUUCUCCGUUUCGCCAAGCUUACGGAUCAAGCCUUUGCCCCCUCGAAAGGAUCGGUCAAGGCCGCCGGUUUCGAUCUCAAAAGCGCGUACGAGUACACGGUUCCGGCGCGCGGCAAGCAGCUGGUCAUGACCGACAUUCAGGUGCAGCUUCCGGAGGGGUGCUACGGGCGUGUUGCUCCCCGAUCCGGAUUGGCCGUGAAGAACUUCAUCGAUGUGGGCGCCGGCGUCGUCGAUGAGGACUACCGUGGCAAUCUGGGUGUGGUGCUGUUCAACCAUUCGGACAACGAAUUCAAAGUGGCCCGGGGUGAUCGAAUUGCGCAGUUUAUCUGCGAGCGAAUCUUCUACCCGGAGCUGGAGGAGGUUAGCAGUUUGACGGAAACGGAACGGGGCUGUGGCGGGUUUGGUUCUACGGGAACGCAAUGAGACUGAAAGAGACUGGUAAGUGUUAAAUAGGGGGUAAGAUGUUUGUUGAAGUAUAAGGAUUGAAUAAGGUGAUAAUAAUAAAAGUGCUGUCAAAUU